AUGGGUCUCUCAAAGGAAUGGUUUCCGUUGUUGCUUCUCCUUCUUGUUGCCGCUCAGUUGAGUGCAACCGUGCUUGCUAAUUUCGGUGGCGAUGAUGAUGGACAGCUCGGCGGCCCCGAUCGGUUCGGUGGCGGCCCGUUCGGCCAUGGCCGGUUUGGCGGUGACUGCGGCCGCUUCCACUUCCAUGGGUGCAGAGGUCGUUUUGGUCGAGGUCCUUGGGGUGGUGGUGGUGGCCUCGGAGGUGGCGGUGGCGGCGGGUUUGGUGGUGGCGGUGGAGGUGGUCUCGGCCACGGGCAUGGUGGAGGGUUUGGAGCUGGGGGUGGUAUAGGCGGAGGUGCCGGUGGUGGUGUAGGCGGUGGUGGGGGUUUUGGAGGAGGUGGUGGUGGUGCGGGCCAUGGUGGAGGCUUCGGAGCUGGUGGAGGCGUUGGUGGCGGUGCCGGCGGCGGCGUCGGAGGUGGUGGAGGUUUGGGAGGUGGAGGUGGCGGUGGCGUCGGUGGUGGAGGUGGAGCGGGAGGAGGUGCAGGUGGAGGGUUUGGUGGGGGCGCUGGAGGAGGAGUUGGAGGUGGUGGAGGUCUCGGAGGGGGCGGCGGCGGUGGCCUUGGUGGUGGAGGUGGCCAUGGUGGAGGUUUGGGAGCUGGCGGCGGUGUAGGCGGUGGCGCUGGAGGUGGUGGCGGAGGCGGCCUUGGUGGUGGAAGCGGCCACGGAGGAGGAUUUGGAGCUGGCGGUGGACUCGGUGGUGGCAAAGGGGGCGGUGUCGGAGGAGGAGGAGGCUUUGGGGGCGGAGGUGGUGGAGGACUCGGUGGUGGGUCGGGUCAUGGCGGAGGGUUCGGUGCGGGUGGCGGCGCAGGAGGCGGUGCAGGUGGAGGUGUCGGUGGUGGAGGAGGCUUCGGAGGAGGCGGUGGUGGGGCCGGCAGCGGCGGUGGCUUUGGCGCGGGUGGUGGACUAGGACAUGGUGAAGGAAUAGGAGGUGGAGGUGGUGGUCUUGGCGGGGGACACGGGAUCGGUGUUGGCAUUGGAGUAGGAGUGGGGAUUGGUGUCGGUGUUGGAGUUGGUGCGGGUGCAGGCGGCGGUGGCGGUGGCGGUGGACGUUGA